CCACAGUGUGGAAAAUACUUUUGCAGACGAGCCCACACACCCACCGCCGCACGUGCUUUUCUGCCGGGAAUCCCUGGGGUGAACGCGUGUUUUAUGGGCAUUUCCAGGAGCGUGCGUGCACCUCCAGAUGAGGGGCUGGCGGGCGGGGGUGGCAGCAGCAGCUCUAGCCUUGGGGACACCAGCGUCUCUCAGCCACACCAGGGAAAAAGAGAGUUAAGGACACUCACCCCCUCCACGCACACACACACACAAGGCAGCGUCGGGUGGGAGCAAGAAGGCCGUUUCUCCUUCUGCUGCCUGGGUCUCUGACGGGCCUUCCCCGGUCCUGAGCGAGAAACCAGUUGCCAGGUGAAGGGCCACGGCGGGCCAGGCCCCGACCCUGUCGUGACCCACCUGGGCACCUUCCCGGACCAGCUCCGCCUACCCUGCCCUCCUCUCUCCAGGAAGGAGCCAGAACACGCACCCUUCUCCCACCCUCCCCAGGGGUAACCCCAGGCCAAGCACAGACAGCUCAGCUAUGACCUCUGGCCUCUGGGGACAUAAACAGGGCGGCUGGGCCGGGGUGGCAGGUGCUCCACUUUCCCUCUCUCUGCGUGGUCCCUUUGACGGCCGGCCACCGUGUCCGGGGUGCAACGCUAGGCCUCCAGGCCACGCAUCCAUCUCCAAGUUAACAGGCCCUUAUCCUGCCCAAGCUCUGGGGCAGGUAGGAGGGGCCAUCACACACCUGCCCAUGUGUGAGUGACCCAGGAGGGGGCUUCUGGGUGGAGGUGGAGCCACCACGCCCUUCCUCAAGGGAUCACUUAUUAAAUGUCCUCGGGCCCUCUGCACAGAAGCCAUACGCCGGCCAACCGCGCCUCCUUCUCUGUCCACGGAACCGUUGCCGAUCUAAUCUUUGUAAAGACCUGUCUCCUGUUUCCAGCCACCACCUGUGGUUCUAGCAGGUUCUAUGCCAUCUGCAUUGGGAUGUCUGGUUGUUUUUAUUUCUGACUUUUUUAAAAUUCCAGGUGUGCCGCACCCACUUUCUCGCAGUGUUUUAAUAUUACGUGGAGUUGUUGAUACAAUGUGAAUUCAUACACAAUAAACAGCCUCACUCUCCCUUUU